AUGAUUGACGAUUGUAAGGAGAAGUUAAAUCAGGAUGAUCGUAAGAAGAAGUUAAAUCAGGAUGAUUGUACGGAGAAGUUAAAUCAGAAUGAUUGUAAACGGAAGUUAAAUCAGGAUGAUUGUAAGGAGAAGUUAAAUCAGAAUGAUUGUAAACGGAAGUUAAAUCAGGAUGAUUGUAAGAGGGCGUUAAAUCAUGAGGAUUGUAAGAGGGCGUUAAAUUAUGAGGAUUGUAAGAAGGCGUUAAAUCAUGAGGAUUGUAAGAAGGCGUUAAAUCAUGAGGAUUGUAAGAAGGCGUUAAAUCAUGAGGAUUGUAAGAAGGCGUUAAAUCAUGAGGAUUGUAAGAAGGCGUUAAAUCAUGAGGAUUGUAAGAGGGCGUUAAAUCAUGAGGAUUGUAAGAAGGCGUUAAAUCAUGAGGAUUGUAAGAAGGCGUUAAAUCAUGAGGAUUGUAAGAAGGCGUUAAAUCAUGAGGAUUGUAAGAGGGCGUUAAAUCAUGAGGAUUGUAAGAAGGCGUUAAAUCAUGAGGAUUGUAAGAAGGCGUUAAAUCAUGAGGAUUGUAAGAAGGCGUUAAAUCAUGAGGAUUGUAAGAGGGCGUUAAAUCAUGAGGAUUGUAAGAAGGCGUUAAAUCAAAAUGAUUGUAAACGGAAGUUAAAUCAGGAUGAUUGUAAGAGGGCGUUAAAUCAUGAGGAUUGUAAGAGGGCGUUAAAUCAUGAGGAUUGUAAGAAGGCGUUAAAUCAUGAGGAUUGUAAGAAGGCGUUAAAUCAUGAGGAUUGUAAGAAGGCGUUAAAUCAUGAGGAUUGUAAGAGGGCGUUAAAUCAUGAGGAUUGUAAGAAGGCGUUAAAUCAUGAGGAUUGUAAGAAGGCGUUAAAUCAUGAGGAUUGUAAGAAGGCGUUAAAUCAUGAGGAUUGUAAGAGGGUGUUAAAUCAUGAGGAUUGUAAGAAGGCGUUAAAUCAUGAGGAUUGUAAGAAGGCGUUAAAUCAUGAUGAUUGUAAGAGGGCGUUAAAUCAUGAUGAUUGUAAGAGGGCGUUAAAUCAGGAUGAUUGUAAGAGGGCGUUAAAUCAUGAGGAUUGUAAGAGGGCGUUAAAUCAUGAGGAUUGUAAGAGGGCGUUAAAUCAUGAGGAUUGUAAGAAGGCGUCAAAUCAUGAGGAUUGUAAGAGGGCGUUAAAUCAUGAGGAUUGUAAGAGGGCGUUAAAUCAUGAGGAUUGUAAGAAGGCGUUAAAUCAUGAGGAUUGUAAGUGGGCGUUAAAUCAUGAGGAUUGUAAGAGGGCGUUAAAUCAUGAGGAUUGUAAGAAGGCGUUAAAUCAUGAGGAUUGUAAGAAGGCGUUAAAUCAUGAGGAUUGUAAGAAGGCGUUAAAUCAUGAGGAUUGUAAAAAGGCGUUAAAUCAUGAGGAUUGUAAAAAGGCGUUAUAUCAUGAGGAUUAA